AAUCCCAGAUAAACGGAAAAAUAACAUUGGAUGUUUGAUACCAAACGCCAAGUAAACAGCUUGGGGUUAUCUGAAACAUUUUAUAAUUGCUACGCCCCGCGGUACACUCGCAUUCUACAAAGUAACUCUUCAGGGACCAGACGACACUCCUCAGCCAAAAUGAAAGCAGUAGUUCUGAUCGCGCUGUUCGCGUGUGUGGUGGCGGUGGCGUACGGCGACCUGGUGUGCGGUACCAACUACUGCAAGCAGCACCCGUGCACCAGCCCCUUGCCUGCCAAUAGCUGCCGUGCCCCAGCGGAGUACCGCCCCAAUCACUCCGGCAAGUGCGCCUGCUGCCCCGCGUGCGUCACUCUGCUGUCGGAAGAUGACGAUUGCAAGACCUACAGCAAGGAAUUAGGAGAGACCCCAUCAGCCGUUUGUAGACCACCACUCAAGUGUGUCGGUGCAAAAUGUGUCAAGGUUAAGAACUAGGUCUUUAUAUGAAAACAUUAUAUCCAUUCACGAAAAUUAAUGAAAUGAUUAUUGAAAAUUGUAAGUAAGUAAUAUUAUAUCACGUCUAAGUUCAAUACUAAUAUGAGUUACGACAGUCUUCAUUAAACACAAGUUGCUGACAGAAACCCUUAUCGAAUUUGUAUCCAAAAUUAUGCUUGUAAGUAUACUCAAUUAUGUAUUAAUAAAGUUUUGUUUCUCUUA